AUGGAAACCGUGAAUGAGCAUGCGGCCGACGGUCUAGAUAUUAACUUAGUCCCCGACACAACUGUCAGUGUGCGGGAAGCAUUUGGCAUUGAUCAAGACCUGGAUGUGCCUGCAUUCAGUCAGCGUACGUCUUACGUACCUGAAAUCGAUCCUGAUUAUCGGUUUGAUCAUGACACCACCCUGGCCAUUCUGGCCGGCUUUGCGCACAACCGCCGCGUGAUGAUUCAGGGUUACCACGGCACCGGUAAAUCGACGCACAUAGAGCAGGUUGCCGCGCGUUUGAACUGGCCGUGUAUCCGUAUCAACCUGGACAGCCACAUCAGCCGUAUCGAUCUGAUCGGUAAAGACGCCAUCGUGCUCAAAGACGGUAAGCAGAUCACCGAAUUUCGCGAAGGUAUUCUGCCCUGGGCGCUGCAGCAUCCCGUGGCCCUGGUGUUUGAUGAAUACGAUGCCGGUCGUCCUGACGUCAUGUUUGUCAUUCAGCGCAUACUUGAAGUGGAAGGUAAGCUGACCCUGUUGGAUCAGAACAAAGUCAUCACACCGCAUUCGCAUUUCCGCCUGUUUUCCACCACCAAUACAGUGGGUCUGGGUGAUACCACCGGUCUGUAUCAUGGCACCCAGCAGAUUAACCAGGGGCAGAUGGACCGCUGGAGCAUUGUCGCUACGCUUAACUAUCUGGAGCACGAUGCUGAAGUGGAUAUCGUUCUGGGUAAGGCGAAGUCUUAUGGCGAAAGUGAAGCUGGACGUCGCGCCUUAUCAAACAUGGUUAGUGUUGCUGAUCUCACGCGUAAAGGCUUUAUCAAUGGUGAUGUGUCCAUUGUCAUGUCUCCACGUACCGUGUUGACCUGGGCGCAGAAUGCAGAGAUUUUUGGUGAUGUUGGUUUUGCCUUCCGGGUGACCUUCCUCAACAAAUGUGAUGAGUUAGAACGUCCGAUUGUGGCUGAGUAUUAUCAGCGCUGCAUGGGCGAAGAUCUGGGUGAUGCCACCCAGGGUAUUUCGCUGAAAAGCGUGUAG